GUCGACCUGGCUUCAAAUCGGGUGCUGUGGAAAUUUCAUUCGGGGCAUGGGCGGCCCCGGAGCGCCGCACUAUUUCGCCCUAGACAGACGAGACUCCUUGGGAGGAGCAUAUCCUGAUGUGCAAAGUGCGUUCUGGGUGCGACGUGGGGUGACCGUGGCAUCACCGGACGAUGUGAUUCUGAGGACCAAACGCUAUAUGGCUGACGCCGCCUUCCAGGACAAAGUCCUUUUGCGCUUGCCUGCCCGUGUGGCGGCUGCGCUCCAGGGUCCACCAGUUGGAGUUGAACCAUUUGCUUUGUGCAACGCUGCCGACUAUUUGGAGCAGUUGGCCGAUGGGGCAAACGCACGAGAACCGCUGUACCCAAUUGGGGCGUUUUUCCCUUCCGUGGGACCAGCGGUUGGAAGCGGUGGUGUGGCUAUAGCCCCGCGUGGUCAGAAUGUGGAGCCAGGUGCAAAUGUGAUUAAGCUCCAAGCGGAUUCGUUCAAGAGGCCCGUGCUGGACAAGUACAAGAGCCGUAGGAAAAACUACUACGUGUACCAAACCGCUGCUAGACUGUGGUCACACGGACUUCCUUGGGAGUUAGCGCUGAACACGGUGCAAGAAGCUUUUGAUGCAGUGAUUGAGGAGUGA